AUAGAGAAAAGAACUACAGGAGGAAAACUCUGCAGAAAGUGAUCCGUUUCUCGCUUGCAGUGAGAAUUGGCAGUCGAGAGCACACGUACCACGCUUGCCUGUUCGUCAAGAGACCAGCCGGCGAAAAGGUUUUUCUCGUUCUGCAAUCGAUGAUCGGGAUACCGUGAACUCUACCUCCAGUCCAACCCUGUUCUUCCCCUCCAUCUGAUAUUCUCUCCGCUUCAUGAUGGAUCCCAGAUCUCAUCCGUCGCGGCCCCCAUCCACCAGCUUACCCCAAGGCUCCACGCCUCUCCCGACUACUAUCUCGAGUAUGCCAAUGCCUCAGUACACCAUGCAGCCUCAGUACCCCGUGUCCCAGCCUCAUACUCUCCCCCCGCUGCAGCCUCAUCACAGCCAAUCUCCUGCCCCUCAUUCCUACAUGGGCCAGCCGGCGUAUAGGCCGGAUCUGUCGAGGUUUCCCACUUCUACUCACGAUGUUUACGCGUCGUCUACCGCUCCUAUCAUGCCUCACACCACCGUGGGUAGCCUGCCUCCAUCUUCGUUCCUCUCCCACCCGAAUCCGCAGGCACAGCCCCAGCCUUCGCAAUAUCCUCCACCUCACAGCGUGCUGCCUCCGGCUUCUAGCGCGCAGACAUAUCCGCAGCCGAUCGCGCCGGCACCCCCGCGGGACCGGCGCCCGGACUUUUCUGGCAUGCCCUCCGGUGCUUUCAGCUACUCAGAUGGCAAGGGCUCACCCUGGAUGAACCCGGAUCCUGUUGCGGGCGCAAAUGGUGCCUCGCCCUACGGUGCAAAGGAGCCUCCCCGUACACAGGUGGUUGGCUCUCAAGGCCGACGCGGAAUUCUCCCGAGCGUUCCGGGACGCGCCACGCCAGUCGCAAACGGCGUCAAUGGCACGGCGAAGAACACCACAAUUCCGGCCAAGGAUGCCGAUGGAAAAUUCCCUUGCCCGCACUGCAACAAGACCUAUCUCCACGCCAAACAUCUGAAGCGUCAUUUGCUCAGACAUACCGGUGACCGCCCAUACAUGUGUGUUCUGUGCAAGGACACUUUCUCCCGUAGUGAUAUUUUGAAGCGCCACUUCCAGAAAUGCUCGUUACGACGCGGCAACCCGACGGGAGCGACCCACUUGUCGCAUCCCCAGGCACAUUUGAAGAGGUCCCAAGCUGCGAAUCCUGCUAAACCGGUUCAGGAUGAAGUCAGUAGUACCGUCCCUCCUGCCACUGCCCUUCCGGGUACGGCUUACGGCGAGGGGGCCGUGAACGGUAACGGGCUGGCUUCAGGCCGACCUGGGUUCACGGAUCAGCAGCCUCUGGGCUUUUCGAUGUCGUCGGUCAAUGGGAUGAACCGUGGUCAACCGGAUGACGCGUUCCCCGCUGGUCAGCCACAUCAGAGAGGCCCCUGGCUGGCGGCUCCCAAGCAGAACCCGUAUCUCGCGCAACCUGGCACUGAUGUAUCUCAGCAGCUGAGUGUUGACCGUCCUUCCUAUGAACAGGUAAAACCCCCGGUGGUCCAAGACCCUAAGCGCCCAGUAAUGCCUGGGCCCACUCCCAAUCACACUGGCGAAAUUGACUGGACUUCGAUGUUUCAGCCCGGAGCGAAUGAUGGUUACAUCAACCCCGUUUUCCCCCAAUCCAUGGCGUCUGGCCAGGAGCCGAUCCAUGCUCACGUCGAUACCGAACGGAAAUUCUAUCCUACCACGACCGGUGGUCCCCAGGAAGGUGGCAUGAAUGGUCUUUACUUGGCUUCGACCACUUUGGCCGGUGAUGGUACCGUCCCGCCCGCGAGGCAAUAGUGGCGAAACGAAACGAAUGCGUGACGGUCGACUGCGUUGUUGAUUUCGGACAUUGUUCGUGCAAAUCAAGAUGGAGCUUUGUAUAGUCAAAUUUUCUUUUGGUCGGAAGACUACUAGGCCUCUAAACUAUCUCAAUGAGUCUAGCUUGCUGAAGACACGCGCCAGAUCACUUUAAUAGGGAUUUACGGGUCACUAUAUGGAAUCUGCGCCGUUCCACUGUUUCGGCAUCGGCUGUGCAGAUG